CUUUUUUGUGCUUGUGCCGACGAUUUCCACGUUUGGUUUUUUCAUCGUCACCGCUUUUAAUUCCGGUCCCAGUGCCAGUGUUUUUUAAAUAAAAGUGAAUUAAUUCAUAAUACUUUAGAACCAUCUUUUUAAAAUGCCACCUAAAAAAGCCGAGGAACCCGAGAAGAAGCCACUGAUUGGUCGCGUGGGUACCAAUUUGCGAGUUGGAAUCGUCGGAGUGCCGAAUGUUGGCAAGUCGACCUUCUUCAACGUUUUGACCAAGAGCGCUGCGCCAGCCGAGAACUUCCCUUUCUGCACCAUUGAUCCCAAUGAAAAUAAGGUACCCGUUCCGGACGAAAGAUUUGAUUAUCUCUGCGAAUAUCAUAAACCACUUAGCAAGGUUCCUGCUUUUUUGAAUGUGGUCGAUAUUGCAGGACUUGUCAAAGGAGCUGCAGAAGGUCAAGGAUUGGGAAAUGCCUUCCUUUCACAUAUAAGUGCCUGUGAUGCUAUAUUCCAUCUUUGCCGAGCUUUCGAAGACCCCGAUGUAACUCAUGUCGAGGGAGAAGUUGAUCCUGUUCGUGAUUUAGACAUCAUUUCUGAGGAACUUCGUUUAAAGGACGAAGAAAAACUCCUUCAAAACUUGGACAAACUGGAGAAAGUUGUUGCACGUGGUGGAGAUAAGAAACUUAAGCCAGAAUAUGACUCCAUGUUAAAGGUCAAAACCAUUUUGUGUGACGAGAAAAAACAUUUGCGGUUUGCUGACUGGACUUUGCAUGAUAUCGAAACACUGAACAAAUACAUGUUCCUUACAACGAAACCUUGUAUUUAUCUUGUUAAUCUUUCUGAUAAAGAUUUCAUUCGAAAGAAGAACAAGUGGCUGGCUAAAAUCAAGGAAUGGGUUGACAAAAAUGAUCCUGGAGCAAUAAUUAUUCCAUUCUCUGGGCAUUUUGAACAUACUCUUUCUGAAAAAGAAGAAUCUGAACGCAAGGCAUAUGAAGAAGAAACCAAAUGCAAAUCAGUUUUGGAUAAAAUCAUUGUAACUGGUUACAAGGCAUUGCAAUUGGAAUACUUCUUUACUGCUGGUCCAGAUGAAGUUAAAGCAUGGACAAUUCAGAAAGGAACCAAAGCUCCCCAAGCUGCUGGACGCAUUCAUACAGAUUUCGAAAAAGGUUUUAUCAUGGCUGAAGUAAUGCAUUUUAAAGAUUUCAAAGAAGAAGGUUCUGAGGCAGCUGCAAAAGCAGCUGGCAAAUAUAGACAGCAAGGUCGCAAUUAUGUUGUUGAAGAUGGCGACAUUAUUUUCUUUAAGUUUAAUGCUGGUGCUGGGUUGAAGGAUGCCAAGAAGAAAUGAUGUCGUAUAGCUGUGGUUAUUUUAGUGAUGUUAUACUAUAACUUAAUAAUGUAUUCACAAAGCUUUUCACCCUGAUUUCUACAAUUGACUUUUUUUACUCAAUGUUUUUAAGAAUUUGGUUUUGCUUUUAAUAAAUGAAGUUAAAUAAAUUAA